CGUCUAGACUGCUGCAUUUCAGUAAAGGCUUUUUGAUGGUCACAAUGAUGCGAUUAUUUGCUCUCGUAUUUAUUUGCACUUUGGCUGCGGCCCAAGUCGCGCCCCCCGUGAAGGUGGCCUUGUACUACGAGACUUUGUGUCCGUACAGUCGAGAGUACUUCGUUGAUCAAUUGUACCCCACGUAUGAACUCAUCAAGGAUAUCAUGGAUGUCAGCCUUUAUCCUUUCGGCAAUGCAAAAUACGAGCCGACAGCCGAAGGUGGCUAUACUUUCACCUGCCAACACGGCGAUGACGAGUGCAGAGGUAACAUGAUCCACGCAUGCGCUCAGAAGUUCCUGCCCAACAUCGACGUGGAGAUGGACUUCGUGAACUGUCUUCUCGCCGCUGAUUAUCCGCCCAACGCUGGACCGCUUUGCGCCGAACUCGUUGGCCAAGACUGGACUCCGAUAGGUGCCUGCGUUGAUUCCUUGGAGGGCCAAGAGGCGCUUCACGCAGUUGCUCUUGAACAGGAAAAGCUUGACCCAACUCUCUAUUUCGUGCCCUGGAUCCUGGUCGACGACACAUUCAGCGAAGAUCAAGUAACGGAGUGCCAGACUGACAUGUUGGCAGUGACCUGCUCUCACUACACUGGCCCGCUUCCUGAAAAUUGCAUUAUUCCAAUAGCUAAGUCACCUAGGACCGCGAAAGUCGUGGGUGUGACCAGACAGUAGAAAUUAUAUCAUACUAACUCUAUGGUAAUAACUUACCUUGCGUGAUUCAUAUGGGCUGCUGUUAUUAAAAAAUUUUUAAGGCAUUUAUAAUAAACAAAACGAGUUUUUUUUCCCAAAAUAGAGGUAUAGACGAGUCAUUUGCCUUCUGUGGUAUAUUGUACCAAUUCCGACUGUCCGUCGGACCAAGCUUUUUUCUUUUGGUUUUCAGUGGGUAAUCGGUCUCAAAUUUGAAUCUUUUCAAGCUUGAGUAUAAAAUAAAGAAAGGCUAUGAUUGUCA